UAUUAAUAUCCCUGUUGGAUUCGUAUAAAGACAGUUGCAUACAGUGUUGCGAUGUGAUACACAUAUAAGUUCAAAAGAACAUUUUGAAAUCGAUUGACAGAGUAUGUUCAUGACAGUUCUUUUUCUGAACUGUUGCCUUUCAUCAAGGUUUGCCUAUUCUCAAAUGAACAAUGUUCGACUUGUGGGAGGAAAUUCGUCGACUGAAGGACGGGUAGAGGUGUUUUAUAAUGGAGAAUGGGGGACAGUGUGUGAUGAUUAUUUCGAUGACAACGAUGCAGCUGUCGUUUGCUCAACGCUGGGUUACAGCAGCACUAAUGCUAAGGCCAAACAGAAUGCAUUUUUUGGACAAGGAAAUGGUACAAUUUGGAUGGACGACCUUCGCUGCACAGAUAAUGACACCAAUAUAUUUAAUUGCUCACAGAAUAGAUUUGGUAUUCACAACUGUGGGCACCACGAGGAUGCAGGGGUCAUGUGUUAUAUUUCUACGGAUUUUAAAGAACAAAUGAGCUGCAACGAUCAACAAGAAUACGGAAUAUUAUGGGGUACUACCAUUGCGGGAAUUACUGCAGAAGAACCGUGUCCAGAAAAUCAAAAAGCUCAAAUGAACAAUGUUCGACUUGUGGGAGGAAAUUCGUCGACUGAAGGACGGGUAGAGGUGUUUUAUAAUGGAGAAUGGGGGACAGUGUGUGAUGAUUAUUUCGAUGACAACGAUGCAGCUGUCGUUUGCUCAACGCUGGGUUACAACAGCACUAAUGCUAAGGCCAAACAUAAUGCAUUUUUUGGACAAGGAAAUGGUAAAAUUUGGAUGGACGACCUUCGCUGCACAGAUAAUGACACCAAUAUAUUUAAUUGCUCACAGAAUAGAUUUGGUAUUCACAACUGUGGGCACCACGAGGAUGCAGGGGUCAUGUGUUAUAUUUCUACGGAUUUUAAAGAACAAAUGAGCUGCAACGAUCAACAAGAAUACGGAAUAUUAUGGGGUACUACCAUUGCGGGAAUUACUGCAGAAGAACCGUGUCCAGAAAAUCAAAAAGGAGCAGCAACCAGAUUAUGUGAUGUACAUGGAGAAUGGGAACCUCCCAACUUUAUCAACUGCACCAACGAAGCUCUGGUGAAUGCAUCAUCACUUUUGGAAGGUAUAAUUGCAAAUGAAACACAGGAUAAAUUCAAAAUCCAGGAGACGGUUAACAAUACUCUACAACUGAUGAAAAAGCUUACAUCGUCGUCCAUCGGAAUCAGUCCUGGGGAUCUGAGCUCCUCUCUGGGCGUUUUAGAGCAGAUUGUUACAGUAACAAACGCUACGGGAUCAGUUAUCGAAAAAGAGGUAUUUUACGCUGUUAUUGAUAACAUUUUGUCGCCCGAUAACUCAAACUCUUGGACUACUGUAAACAAAGAGACAGAAAAAGACCCCACAUUUCUCCUAAAGAAUAUGGACCGUUUCAGCAAGAUUACACUCCAAAACGACAAUAUUACAGCAACUAAAUUCAACGGAUCUAAUUUUGAGCUUGUUAUCAACCAAACAAAAAUCGAUGAAACGGUAAUACGUUUUCCGGAUGAACAAUCAAACAACGUUUCUGCAAACUCUGAAGACAUUCAAACCUUUCUAGAAUUGCCAAAACAAGCAUCAAACGCUAGAAAAGCGAUCAACUACGUUGCUGUUCUCUAUAAAACAAUGUCAGACAUUAUGGGAUCUGAUCCUAACAGUAAAGAGUUGAAAGGUAAACAGGCGAAAAAGUCUAAGCAAAGAUCCUUUGUCAAUUCCCCAAUACUGUCCCUUACGACACAAACAGACCGAGGAGUGUUGGACCCACCUCUCAAUCUUAUCUUUGGACACACUGUUAAAAAUAAGUCCACAGAAAUGCGUGCUGUAUGUGUGUCCUGGGAUUUCAAUCUAAAUAAAUGGUCGGAGGAAGGAUGCACUGUGAACCAAACAAAUAAUCAGAGAACAGUUUGCCAGUGCAACCAUCUCACAAACUUUGCUAUUUUAAUGAGACCAUACACUCAGGUAACAGAAGAAAGUCCAUUCUUAAAGACGAUGUCACUUGUUGGGGUAGCUCUCUCCAUAGCUUUUACGUUUCUUACUUCUUUGAUUUACAUCCUGACAUGGAGAUUUAUCAGGAGUGACAAAAACAUCAUGAUGCUGAAUAUUUGUGGAUCGUUAAUACUGUCGUAUACAAUAUUUAUAUCGUCAGUGGAACAGACAUCGAAUGAGGUUGCUUGCGUUGCAAUAACGGCCAUUAUCCACUACCUUUUCUUAGUGACAUUCUUCAGUAUGCUCGGGUUAGGUGUUUAUUACUUCAUGAGUAUUACAGUGACUUACUAUGCCCUGUAUGUUGCAAACAACUUCAAGUCGAAAUCAAGGAUUCGUUGGUUUCUGGGUGGAAUCUGGGGUAUACCGGUCAUUAUUACUGCAACAAAUCUUGGAGCGUUUUGGGGGAAAGGAUACCACCUGAAGUCAUACUGCUGGUUGUCCAUAGAAAGUGGCUCACUUUAUUUGUUUAUCAUUCCAGUCUGCCUGAUUAGUUUGAUCAACAUUCUUAUAAUUGUUUCACUUUUGAGGGUGUUGUUUGCUUCGAGCAUAAUGGCAAGGUCUUCACUGCAGAGGAAAGCGUCAUCCGGUCUGCGGUCCCUCGGAACUCUUCUGCCAGUUCUAGGAGUGACUUGGCUGUUCGGAAUCCUGGCAGUUAACGAAAAUGCAGUUGUGUUUCAGUAUUUGUUUGUCAUUGCAAAUUCAUUCCAGGUUUGA